AUGUUCAAGAAGUUCGAUGAAAAGGAGGAUGUUACUGGGGCUACCCAGCUGAAAUCUUCCAUUCAGAAAGGAAUACGAAACAAAAUUAUCGAGCUAUAUCCGAAUAUUGAACCUUAUUUGCUCGAUAUAUUGCCAAAAAAGGAGAACUUCAAGCUGAUUAAAUGUAAAGAUCAUGUCGAAUUACUUGCUGAUCACAACGGUGUUGUACAGUUCUUGAAGACUCGAAACACUGACUGGAUUCCAACUCUCCGGUUAUUGCACAAGUACCCGUUUAUGAUGCCACAUCAACAGGUUGACAAAGGUGCAAUCAAAUUCGUCUUAAAUGGUUCCUCGAUCAUGUGUCCUGGAUUGACGUCUCCAGGAGCGAAAAUGACACUCGGUGUUCCUGCAGAUGCGAUAGUUGCCGUCAUGGCUGAGGGUAAGCAACAUGCUUUAGCCAUUGGACAAAUGAAAAUGAGCUCCGAAGAGAUUCAGUCGGUGAAUAAAGUUCGCGAUCUUCGCGCGAUCCUAACCGUUACGCUCCACCUAGACCGCUUACGCAACUGCAACUUGCUUCAUGUGGUUUUUGACUCUGCUACAUACCUACCAGCAAAACCCAACGAAAGAAGAUUGAAAGAACUCACACAGCAGCCGCAGCCGCAGCAAGGUGAAGGACAACAACAAGGUGUAGGACAACAGCACGGUGGUGGAGGACAGACCACCGGCACAGGACAAGGCACUGGUACGGGACAAGGCUCGGGCACCGGGCAUGGUACUGGCUCAGGUAUCGGGCAAGGUACUGGCUCAGGACAAGGCACUGGACAUGGAAUUAUUGGCACCGGUUGUGGACAUGGUACUGGUACAGGUUGCGGAACUCUUAUGGGCACCGGAGUCUUCACUGGGCAAGGAACUGGAACUUGA